AUGAAAACCAGUGCUGACAAAGCCAUACUCAUGGAAAGCAGUGAGGUGAACGACUCCUACAUAUCGCUGGUGUCGGACACCAAAGCACGGCUGCAGAACAGCUCCACAUUUCGCUCCAGCUCAUCCCGUCCUCCCAUGGCACAGGGUGGAGAAAUGGCUGCAGCGGAGCCAGUUCAGGGGCCAGUGACCUUCGAGGAGGUGGCUGUGUAUUUCACCGCGGGGCAGGGGGCUCUGCUGGACCCCGCUCAGAGAGCCCUCUACAGAGACGUCAUGCAGGAGAACUAUGAGAACGUCACCUCGCUGGGGUGUCCAGUUUCCAAACCUGAUGUGAUCUCCCAGCUGGAACGAGGGGAGGAGCCAUGGGUCCCGGAUCUCCAGGGCUGUGAGGAAGGAGAGAUCCCCAGAGGUGCCUGCGCAGUGAGGAGAAGAAGCAGAAUCCUCAGCAGGAAGAUUCUGAGCAAAAUACCCACAGGAGAGAGAAAUAACACAUGCAGUGAGUGUGGAAAACAUUUCACUAGCCACUCCAGCCUUUUAAAACAUGAGAGAAUCCACACUGGAGAGAGGCCCUACGGAUGCAGUGAGUGUGGGAAAAGCUUCAGUCAGAGCAUUCACCUUACUCGACAUCACAGGAUCCACACAGGAGAGAGACCCCAUGAAUGCAGUGAGUGCGGGAAAACCUUCACUCUGAGCUCUACCCUUAUUAACCACCAGAGGAUCCACACAGGAGAACGACCGUAUAAAUGUAGUGAGUGUGGGAAAAAGUUCACUCGGAGCUCAGGUCUUGUUAAGCAUCAGAGGAUCCACACAGGAGAGAAACCUUAUGAAUGCUGUGAGUGUGGGAAAAGCUUCACUGACAGGUCAGAUCUUAUUAAUCAUCAGAGGAUCCACACAGGAGAGCGACCCUAUAAAUGUAGUGAGUGUGGGAAAAAGUUCACUCGGAGCUCAGGUCUUCUUAUACAUCAGAAGAUCCACACAGGAGAGAAGCCCUACAAAUGCUGUGAAUGUGGGAAAAGCUUCAUUCAGAGCUCAACCCUUAAUAAACAUGAGAGGAUCCACACAGGGGAGAGAACCUACGAAUGCAGUGAGUGCGGGAAAAGCUUCAGUCAGAGCUUUCACCUUAUUCGACAUCACAGAUUGCACACAGGAGAGAAACCCUACGAAUGCAGUGAGUGUGGGAAAAGCUUCACUCAGAGCUCAGCCCUUAAUAAACAUCAGAGGAUCCACACAGGGGAGAGACCCUAUGAAUGCUGUGAGUGCGGGGAAAGCUUCUCUGUAAACUCAGACCUCAUUGUACAUCAGAGAAUUCACACGGGAGAGAGACCUUAUAGAUGCUCUGAGUGCGGGAAAAGUUUCACCCGGAGCUCACCCCUUACAAGACAUCAGAGUAUUCACAGGAGAGAAACACAGCAUAGAAACUCUGUGUAG